AUGGCUACGGAUUACUCACAACUCCCCACGCCUGCCAUGUGCUACGUAGACUUUUGUCUCGUUCCUAUUGGCACUGGCAACGUCUCGGUCGCCAAGGAAGUCGCCGAGGUCCAGAAGGUGCUCAAGGCCAGCGGACUGCCUUACACCCUGCACUCUGCUGGAACGACGGUUGAAGGCAACUGGGACGAGGUCAUGAAGGUGGUUGGGCAGGCCCACUCGGUGGUACAUCAGGCAGGUGCCGUCAGGAUCCAGACAUCGAUGCGUGUCGGUUCUCGAACGGACAAGGCUCAGCAUGCCGAGGAGAAGGUGAAGCGGGUACAGGACCUCCUGGCCAAGGAUGAGCAAUCGUCGUAG